AUGGCACCGAAUGUCGAGGAUGACUGGUCAGAUUCGGACGAGGAGAUAUCGACCGACGUCGAGACGGACGUCCUGCUAGGCGUCCCAGAUGGACCUCUCGCGUCCUCCUCGGACAUCUUGGAUGUCGCGGUGUCCCGCAUAGGCGGCACUCCCGCCUUCCUGCUCGCGCGUGAACCACCGAUCUCUUCGAGCGAAUGUGCGAACUGCAAGCAGCCGAUGCAACUGCUCGUCCAGAUGUGGUGCCCGUUCGAGGAUAGCCCGAUGGACCGCGCGAUCUACGUUUGGGGAUGCGCCAACCCAGGCUGCCAGCGCAAGGAGGGCAGCGUGCGAGCCUGGCGUGGCCUUCGUUUCAAUGCACCCUACGCGGCGAAGCUCGAGAAGAAGCUGGCGCGCAGGCGCGAGCGCGAGCGCAGGAAGGAGGAAGAGCGCGCCGCUGCCGAAGCGAAGAAGGCGCAGGCCAAAGCCUCUGCGAAAGCGAACCCGUUCUCCGUGAGUCAGAUUAAAUACCACCCCCUUCGCUUCGGUGGACUGGGCGACCAGCUCUUCGGCUCGUCCGCGCCUCCCCCGUCUUCCACUCAAGCGCCCGAUGAAGUAGACGAAAGGGGCUCAGACUCCGAAGAAGAAGAGUCUUCCUCCGAGCCCGAGCCCGAAGACGAGUCCGAGUCCGGCGAAUCCGAGCUCGUGACGGCUAUGGCGGGCGCGACGCUCGACACCUCCCCGUGGGCCGCCGCGCCGGCCUAUCCCGCGCAAUAUCUCUCCACCACUGCCGAGUACCUCCCGCCGCCGCCGAAGGCGAAGCUCCCCGCCGGAGUGAGCGUCGACGACCCGGACGCGGAGAGCGGGAAGGGAAAAGGAGGCGGCGGGGAGUGGGGGCUGGAGGGGUACGAGAACUCGAUGGAGCUCGACCACGUGUUCGAGCGAUUCACCAAGCGGGCGGGGUACGCGGGUGAGCAAUGCGUGAGAUAUGACCUCAAGGGCACGCCGCUGCCGUACGCGGCCGACGACGUGUUCCGCAAGCUUUUCCCCGACCCUUCCGUGAACCCGACGCCGGGCACGGCCGUCUCCGUCACCCGUGCCGCAUUCAACAACACCCCCGCCGCAGCGCGGCGGACGUACUCGCCCGCGAGCGUACCUCCCUGCCCGGCGUGCGGUGGCGCACGCGUGUUCGAGUGCCAGCUGAUGCCGAACCUCAUCAACGUCCUCCGCCCGAAGAUGGCCGGGCCCGAGCGCCCGCCCGCAGCAGCGGACGGGGAGGCGAGGCGGAAGGAGGUCGAGGCGGCGCUGAAGACGGGGAUCGGGAUGGAGUGGGGGACGUGCAUGGUGUUCUCGUGCGAGCGUGACUGCUGCGUCGGCCAGGGCGGGAAAGACGAGAAGGAGGCCUGGAGGGAGGAAGUCGUGCUCGUGCAGUGGGACGAUUGA